AUGAUUAAAAAUAAAAAUGUCGGAGAAGCGGCUGCAGUGCCCAGUGGAGGAGGCAGGAAGCCAAGCGCGAGCAGGGGCUGGGUGGGCACUGUGACCGGGAUCACCACCAUCGAGGCGGUGAAGCGCAGGAUCCAAGUUCUGUGGCAGCAAGAGGAGGAGGAGGAGGAGCCGCAAGAUGACGAAGAGGAGAGGGCCGAGCACCUGCAGCAGGAAGGUGAGGGGGAAAGGCGGGCCCGGAAGCAGGCCGAGGCCGAGGCGGCCUCCUUGAACCAUAGGAUCCAGCCGGACUGUGCCCAGGAGCACCUGCAAAAGCUGGAGGAAGCAGAGAAAGCCGCUGGUGAGUGUGAGAGAGGUAUGGAGGUUAUUGAGAACCAAGCCUUAGAAGAUGAAGUACAGAUGGAACUCCAGGAAAUCCAACUUAAUGAGGCCAAGCACAUUGCAGAAGAGGCAGAUCAGAAAUAUGAAGAGGUGGCUCAGAAGUUGAUGAUUAUUGAGGAGGACUCAGAAUGCCCAGAGGAACGAGCUGAGCUGGCAGAGUCCCGUUGCUGGGACAUGGAUGAGCAGAUCAGACAGAUGGGCCAGAACCUGAAGUGUCUGAGGGCUGCUGAAGAAAAGCACUCUGAGAAGGAAGACAAAGAUGAGGAAGAGAUAAAGAUUCUCGUGGAUAAACUCAAGGAGGCAGAGACCUGUGCUGAGUUUGCUGAGAGACUGGUAGCCAAGCUGGAGAAGACAAUUGAUGAUUUGGAAGAUAAGCUGAAAUGCACCAAAGAGGAGCCCCUCUGUACACAAAGGAUGCUGGACCAGACUCUGCUUGACCUGAAUGAGAUCUCAAGCACCCCAGUCCGGCCCUGCCGCUGCUCCUCCCGUGACCCCCCGACUCCACUCCAGCCUGCCCAAAGCGGCCUUGAAACCGAGGGCUGA